AUGCCAGGCAAGAACGCCAUCGUUUCGCCAGCCCCUCGAGCUUUCGGUCGCUUGAAGGUAAUCUCUUGCUUCGCGCAAGCCGCUGUAUCCGCGUACCGAGUGGGUGAUAGUCUCGAGGACAUUUCCAAGUGCCAAGCAGGACGAGAUGCAGCGUUCCUGCGCAGGAAACCUCAACAAGGACGAUAUUACGGGUUCCCGCAGUCGAUUCAUCAUUGGUGGUGCAGGAAAGCCAAUGUUGAACCCAUGGCGUGCAGUUCGUGCGACACUCAUGGUCUCAUGUCUGCCGUAGCAUGGUCCCGUGAAGGUGGUCGGAUUUUCAGCCUCGGCUUCGAAAUGCAACCUCGUUCACCAGGAUAUUCACCGCUUCAUCCAACAGCGUCCAAAGCCGUCGUUUACUACCAGCAAAAGCUCUUUCAGGUUACAGAAGCACAACUCAAGAUAUCCGGGGGACCUCGCAAACAAAACUCAACCCACCAAGCGCUCAAAACCAGCGGCCCGAACACCGAGUACGAUUCACAUCCAACCACCUGGUCCAGUAUCUUCGUAUCAACACGACUCAUCGCAUCGUUCUGUUACAUGUGGGAACGGCAGUCUACAGACCCUCCCGCAGAACACCAGCUUCCCUCAUAA